AUGCGGGCGGUCGCGAUGCCUUCCGCCUCCCUGCCCCUCCUCUCCCCGCGGCACCGGCCGCUGCUGCGCCCGUCGACCCUCCCGGCCUCCCGCCUCGGCAGCGGGCUCCGUCCACGCCGCGACCGCGCCGAGAGCACCCGCCUCCGCGUGGCCGCGCCGACGUCGGUCCCCGGGGAGGCGGAGCGGGCGGAGGAGCCGAGCACGAGCGCGUCCUCGCCGCCGGAGUCCUCGGGGGAGAAGUUCGUAUGGCGGGACCACUGGUACCCGGUCUCGCUCGUGGAGGACCUGGACCCGCGCGUGCCCACCCCGUUCCAGCUCCUCAACCGCGACCUCGUCCUCUGGAACGACCCCAACUCCGGCGACUGGGUCGCGCUCGACGACCGCUGCCCGCACCGCCUCGCCCCGCUCUCGGAGGGCAGGAUCGACGAGACGGGCGGCCUGCAGUGCUCCUACCACGGCUGGUCCUUCGACGGCUCCGGCGCCUGCACCAGGAUCCCGCAGGCCGCGCCCGAGGGGCCCGAGGCCCGGGCGGUGCGCUCGCCCAGGGCCUGCGCCACCAAGUUCCCCACGCUCCUCUCCCAGGGGCUGCUCUUCGUCUGGCCCGACGAGAAUGGCUGGGACAGGGCCAAGGCCACCAAGCCUCCAAUGCUGCCGAAGGAGUUCGAUGACCCGGCCUUCUCCACCGUGACGAUCCAGAGGGACCUCUUCUAUGGGUAUGACACGUUGAUGGAGAACGUCUCCGAUCCCUCGCACAUAGAGUUUGCUCACCACAAGGUCACUGGACGAAGAGAUAGAGCCAAGCCUUUGCCAUUCAAAAUGGAAUCAAGUGGCGCAUGGGGAUAUUCAGGGGCAAAUGCCGGUAAUCCUCGCAUCACUGCAACAUUCGAGGCCCCUUGCUAUGCGCUGAACAAAAUAGAGAUUGACACCAAAUUACCGAUUGUGGGAGAUCAGAAGUGGGUCAUAUGGAUUUGCUCCUUCAACAUUCCAAUGGCCCCAGGAAAAACUCGUUCUAUUGUCUGUAGUGCUCGAAACUUUUUCCAGUUUACAAUGCCAGGAAAGGCAUGGUGGCAGCUUGUCCCUCGAUGGUACGAACAUUGGACCUCAAAUUUGGUCUAUGACGGCGAUAUGAUUGUGCUUCAAGGCCAAGAGAAGGUUUUCCUGUCUGCAUCCAAGGAGUCGUCUGCAGAUGUUAAUCAGCAGUACACAAAGCUCACUUUCACGCCCACACAGGCCGACCGAUUUGUCUUGGCAUUCCGGGCAUGGCUAAGGAAAUUCGGCAAUAGCCAGCCUGACUGGUACGGAAGCCCUAGCCAAGAUGCAUUACCUUCUACGGUCCUUUCAAAGCGAGAGAUGCUAGACAGAUACGAGCAGCACACGCUGAAAUGCUCGUCCUGCAGAGGAGCGCACAAGGCCUUCCAGACUCUGCAGAAGGUGUUCAUGGGGGCGACGGUCGUGUUCGGUGCGACCGCCGGGAUCCCUGCGGAUGUUCAGUUCAGGAUAUUGCUUGGCGCCGCUGCUCUGAUCAGUGCCGCUCUGGCCUACGCCUUCUACGACCGGCAGAAGCAUUUCGUGUUUGUAGACUAUGUACAUGCUGACAUUGAUUGA